AUGCGAGGUGUCAAAGCUUUCCUCAUGACCCAAAUGAGAAAGAGGGCGACGGACUGCUCUUUGCUGCCUUUAGUUCAUGACAUUAUCAAAUGCAUGGACAAGGACAGCCAGGAUGUCCACCAAGAGCUGACCAAGGUGAAGGCGAAGAUCCAGGAAGCUCGGGAGCAGAUAUCCAACAUGGGCCCGAUAGACAGCAGCCGUCGGAGCACAGCACAGCAGCUGGCCACGCUGCGGGAGCAGUCCGCACCAAGAAACCAGCUGCUGCAGAAAUACAAAAGCAUGUGCAUGUUUGACGUGCCCAAGCAUCGUGAAAGCGAGGACUGGAUCACAGCACCGACUGGAGGAGCUCACGGAGAGAGUCGAGUGUGA